UUUGAGAGAGAAAUAACAAAUGCAAUUGCAGGUGUCACAACCCUUGCUGGGGGGCAAACGGUUCAUGGGGGAGGUCAUGUGGAUGGUCCGAGUGAAGAUACAAAGUUCUCAAAUGAUUUUGAUGUCGUCUAUGUUGGAAGCAGUUGUUCAUUGCUAGUCAUUGACCGAGGAAACCGAGCCAUUAGAGAGAUUCAGCUCCAUUUCGAUGACUGUGCUAAUCAGUAUGGAAGUGGCUUUCCUCUUGGGAUUGCAGUUCUUAUAGCAGCAGGUUUCUUUGGUUAUAUGCUGGCUCUAUUGCAACGAAGGCUUGUUUCUAUCGUUUCAUAUAACACUGAUCAAGAAAUAUACAAAGCCGUCCCGGAUCAACAGCCUACGAAACCAGUCAGACCACCUCUGAUUUCAACCGGAGAUGAGCAAGAGAAACAAGAAGAAAGCCUCCUCCUGCCGUUCCGCAUAUUCAUUUCGAAUGCCAAGUUGUUUUUAGCGGAGCUCUUCAGUGGAAUGUUUCCUGGUCUCAAAAAGAAGCAGACACUCAGCUUCAUCUUCAAUCACCAAGAAACAAAUCUUUCUGCUUUCAGCACAGCUACAUGGCCAAUCCAAGAGAGCUUUGUGAUACACGACAAAGAUGAACCACCUCCCAUCGAGACCAGGAACCCGACUCCCCAAAAAACUUACCCUUUCAUGUCCAAAGACGCAGAGAAAAUGCAACAGCUGCGGCAGAGCCGUGCCUUGUUCAGAAGCUUGGAUCCAGAAUUCCUCCAAGAGCAGCAGCAACAGAAACAUAAGCAGCAGCAGCAUCACCGUAGGCAUCACUCAACGAUCCCCCACACUCAUUAUGAGCGGAUCAGUGAGAAGACCAACGAGAUUGUGUUUGGGGCGGUCCAAGAGCAAGACUGGAGUCGUGUGGCAGCAUCAGCUACUGCUAAGCCUACGGAGUUUGGAGAUCAGAAUCUUCAUUACAGAGCACAACAACAAUCUGUGAGUUACCCAUAUGGCUACUAUUCCUCAUAUACAUGA